UCUUCAUCUGCUAUUUGGUGUUACCCAAAAUGGUAUUCUUCUGGUGUUUUGGUGGAAGAAAGAAGGACGAUGCGAGGAAGAGGCUACCUGAAGAAGCAGAAAAUCUAGAGAAAUUACCGUCAUGGGAUGCCCCGGACAACACUCUCUUGAUGCAGGCCUUCGAGUGGUAUGUGCCAGACGACCAGGGUCAUUGGCGCCGCCUUCGAAAAGCCUUACCAGAUCUUAAGGAUAUCGGAGUCGACAACCUGUGGAUCCCCCCAGGGUGCAAGGCAAUGAGACCAUCGGACACCGGAUACGAGAUUUAUGACUUAUAUGAUCUUGGAGAAUUCGAGCAAAAGGGAUCCCGUGCUACGAAAUGGGGACCUCGGGAGGAACUGGAGUCCUUUUCAUCGUUUGCUGAGAAUCUCGGAAUUGGUGUCUACUGGGAUGCUGUUCUCAACCACAAGGCUGGCGCGGACUGCACGGAAAGAUUCCAGGCCGUCCAGGUGGAUCCUGAAGCACGAAAUAUCGAAAUCUCACCCCCGGAGGUGAUUGAGGGAUGGGUGGGUUUUGAUUUCCCCGGUCGCGGCAAUGUGUACAGCUCCAUGAAGUACGGCUGGCAUCAUUUCAGUGCCGUUGACUGGGACGAUUCCAGCAAGAAGAAUGCCAUUUACAAAAUCGUGGGUGAAAACAAAGGAUUCGCUCAGGACGUCAGCGAUGAGAACGGAAACUACGACUAUUUAAUGUUUGCUGACUUGGAUUAUUCAAACCCUGAGGUCAAAGAGGAUGUGCUCAGAUGGGGCGAGUGGAUCGUGUCUCAGCUCCGGGUCCGUGGAAUGAGACUGGAUGCAUGCAAGCAUUACUCGGCCGCUUUCCAGAAGGAGUUCAUUCGUCAUCUCAGGGCAACUUGUGGGCAAGAUUUCUUCUUUGUCGGGGAGUACUGGAAGGGGGAGGUCAAACCUCUCCUCAAAUACCUGGACAGGCUGGAUUACAGCUUAUCGUUAUUUGAUGUCCCCCUUGUGGGAAGCUUUUCGAAAAUCUCACGUACUGAAGGGGCGGACCUCAGAAGAGUCUUUGACGACACUUUAGUUCAGCUCAGACCGCAGAAUGCAGUGACGUUUGUAGCAAACCAUGAUACGCAACCGUCACAGAGUCUAGAAGUCCCAAUCGCGUCCUUCUUCAAACCCUUGGCAUAUUCAUUGAUCCUCCUCCGUAAAGACGGCCAGCCUUGCAUCUUUUACGGCGAUCUCUACGGAAUCAGGGGAGGAACCCCCAAACCGAUACCACCUUCUUGCAAUGGCAAACUGCCGCUUCUCACACGCGCGCGCAAAUUGUAUGCUUACGGAGAGCAGCGCGAUUACUUCGACCAGAGGAAUUGCAUCGGCUUCGUCCGAUAUGGAAAUCGGCGGCACCCAGAUGGUCUUGCUUGCAUCCUUAGCAAUGCUACGCAAGCUAAGAAAUGCAUGUAUGUCGGCAAAAGACAUGCCGGCGAAGAAUGGACGGAUAUUCUAGGAUGGUCCAGUGAGCGGGUCAUAAUUGACAAAGACGGUUUUGGUAUCUUCUUCGUUUCGGCGAUGAGCGUCAGUGUUUGGGUAAAUGCUGCAGCCGAAGGACGUAAUACCCUUGGACGCCAUUUCAGCGAGGAUAUAUACAAGUACUAGCUGGAAGCCCAUCCUUGUGAGGAGUGUCAGCUGUCUUGCGUAUGAGAGUCCUGUAUGGUUAAGAAGAUAGGUAGGUCCAAUAUUCGAGGGCCGCAGGGGAGUCUCCCACGGACAUUGCACAGGUUAUUCCCGGGAUUGGAGUCAGUGAUCAAGUCUCAUUCCCAACAUAUCUCCUACAUGGCAUCCCGCCUUUGGAUAAGCCAACGGCUCUGUCACCUGAGAAAUAGCGCCGAACGCAAGUUGGUACUGGCCCUACCGUUCUCUUCGUUUGACAAGGAGUGCGCCAAAUGCUCCUAUGCCCUGGAUCUAAGAGAUGUUCAUCGUUGCAUACAAUGAUAACAGAAACCAGGUACUGGAAGCGUUUGUCCAAAUUCAGAAUUGAAUUCAAGAUAUAUAUUAAUACAUGCAAUGAAUUUGGAAACAACCA